AUGAAGCAAGUCAUUGCCGCCGCUUUUAUGGCCUUCGGCCUCGCCAAGGCCCAAUCAGGAGCCUGGGGACAAUGUGGUGGUCAAGGCUGGACGGGCCCGACGACCUGUGUAUCGGGAUACGUUUGCACUUAUAGCAACGACUGGUACUCCCAGUGCCUUCCCGGCGGCAGCGGCGGCACCACUGCACGAACUACUACUACCACUACGCGAGCUGCUACUACUACUAAAACGACAACUACGGCCGGUGGUGUCCAAACCAGUGCCGACUUCUGCGGCCAAUGGGACUCUAAGGAUACUGGCACCUAUAUCAUCUAUAACAAUCUUUGGGGAUCUGGAUCUGCUAGCUCGGGUUCUCAGUGUACCGGGUUGGACUAUGCUAGCGGAAACACUGUUAGAUGGCAUACUAGCUGGACUUGGCAAGGUGGUCAAUAUAACGUCAAGAGCUACGCCAAUGCCAAUCUCAAAUUCACACCCAAGAAACUCAGCGCCCUUACUAGCAUCCCAACCACCUUGAAAUACACCUACGCUAAUACCGCCGGCAUGGUCGCCAACGUCGCUUACGAUCUCUUCACAGCUUCUACAUCUGGUAGCAACACCCCAGAAUACGAAAUCAUGGUUUGGGUUGGUGCAUACGGCGGUGCUGGACCGAUUUCGAGCACUGGUAAUACUAUCGCUACACCAACUAUCGACGGCAUCUCGUGGAAGUUAUAUAAGGGACCAAACGGACAAAUGACUGUCUUCAGCUUCGUGGCUAGCAACGCCCCGGUCACUAGCUGGAGUGGAGAUUUGAAUAACUUUGUGAAGUAUUUGACUAGCAGUCAAGGAUUGCCAAGCGGGCAAUAUUUGAAUACUGUGCAAACUGGAACUGAGCCGUUCGUUAACAACGCUGGUGUCACUGCUAAGUUCACAGUUACUGACUAUUCCGUUGCUGUCAACUAA